AUGGCGCGAGAUGUUGAAGUCACCGACGAGGCAGUCAGAAGGCUCAUUGAAAGCGACAUGACCCCGAAGCCCGACUGGGGUUGCCUCCGCAACAGUCUUGAAGAUUGGCGCUACUCCACUGAGCGGAAAGUUGGUACGCCAAUUCGAGAGCACAGGCGGUAUUACGACCCUCAACGAGAAUCCUCACGCAACUACAUCAAUCCAGGCUACCCAAACGCCAGUGGCAAGAUGAAGGCUGACAUAGUGUGCAAUCGAUACUACCAGCUGAAGAUUGAAUUGGACCAGGCAAUCAAAGAUCCUCCGAUACUCGAGUGCGUGCAGAGGGAUAUCGAUGAAUUGUUUCCCAACAACUGGAUCAACCGUGCUCGCGUCUGGGCUGAAUGCGCACGGGCUUAUGAGGAAUACGAAGCUGAACUUAGUUGGGCCGAAGCGCAAGGACACGAAGAAGCGUCACGACGCUUCCAACAUGCCAAGAGACCCAAGCAAAGUAGCAUGCGUAACUUCAAAGCUCUGCGCAAGACGAGGGAACGUGUCGUGAUCGAGGCCCAGGACGGUGAUACUCGGACGCCAAUGUCAGCUAGUGGAAGAAUUGCAAAGCCUUGGCCGGAGACGGAAAGAAUGAAGAUGACGAGCAGAGCACAAGAGAGACUUGAUAUGGAGAGGCGAUUGCGGAAGAGGCGGGAGGACAGUGGGAAUAUUGAGAAGAGAGACGUGACUAUGGGUGGUGUUCCAGUGGAUCAGGAGGCUCGAGCUGGCGAAGAAGGAGAUGGCAGAGUGCAGCAGCAGCAGCAGCCAGAGGAUGCCUUCGAUGAGUACUAUGACAUCUCACCGAUUACUGUCAGAAGAAUUGCGGACCGAAUGCGGCUAGCAAGGGAGCAGCAGCAAUAG